AUGUUGGAAAUAUCAAAUUUUUCAAGAGCACCUUCUCAACCUCAAGUGAGACCUGUGAACCAUCGACAACUUCAAGAAAAUCAAAUCGGUAAUAAUUUUCAUUCUCCAUCGAUACAAUCAACAAAUGGACAAUGGUUAUAUAGAACGCCAAGUCAACCAGUCCCUAGUAUUAAUUAUUCUUCAAGAUCAUGGAACGAUUUACCAAGUAAUCUAAAUAAUAAUGAACGAAAUAAAUUCUUCUGUCAAACCUGGUUUUGGAUUUUUAGUGGUAUUUUUUGUUUAAUUCUUAUUAUUGCCAUUGUAGCUAUUGUUCUUGGAAUUGUUUUGAAACUAUAA